AAUAGCGAAAAGAAAACGAACAGUGAGCGAGCGCGUCCCUUUUCUAGCAAAAGCGCAGCCAGAGAAAAAUUCCGAUAGGAAAUCAGUGAAUGGUGUAAAUCAAAUAAAAUAUUCUAAAAGGGCUUAAAAAUAAAAUUAAAAUAGUUUCAAUUUCAAUAAAACUUAAUUUUGACAAUGUUUUGUCGUAUACAUCGACCAAAAAAUAAGUGUAUGAAUUAACAGACGCGAAAAAGUGUUUUGUGAUACUGCAAAUGGGCAGUUUUGGUGAAAGAUUUUGUAUAAGGAAAACUUACAAUUGAAUCUUCAAAGAGAUUGUUAUGGCUUUGGAUGGAGCUAAAUUUAUUUGCUUGCCCGAUACAGCAGCUGCGGAUGUGGCUGAAACGACGCCGGCUGCAGUCGCUACGGGGGAUGUUGCCGGCAACAGUGCUACUGCUUCAUUGCCAGAAAAUGUAAUCGAAGCGAAAGGACGCAAAUUUACUGUAGGAUAUUACAUGAACUGUGAUUAUGUGUUGGAAGAUCAACGAGCAAUUGGUGUACACUGCGAAAUACAGUGCGAUGCAUUUGGUCGGGUAACCAUUCACAAUAACUGCGAAGAGUAUCCAAUAAGCGUUAACGAUCAGAUUAUAACAUUAAAGCGGCCUCUUUUGGAUGGUAGCCGAAUUAAAAUUUUGGAUAGAAAUUUUUUGUGGAAAUUUCCAAAAUCUGAAGAAGGACCGACUACAAGUAACAACAAAGCUGGCAAAAAUUUGGCCAGUGAUGAGACCAAUUCAACACCCCAAAAAUUGAUUGGUGUGCCAGAGCAAGCACCUAAUUCUUGCCCAGAUCUUAAGCCUCAUCGCAAAAUGGAUAAACGAUUUACAGUUCAUAACUUUGCUUAUUGUAUAAACUUUGAUGAAGAGGGCAAUACUUCGUCUGAAUUAGAAAACAUGAGUGAAUCUGAGAAUGUUGGGCCAGAGGUUUCAGGCGAAGCUAAUACACAAAAAAAGCCAGAUGAAACUGGGGAAACGUCACCGAAAAACAUCUUGCCAGAAAAUAACUCAACAAUAGACAGUACAAAAGAAAAAGCGGCCGUUGAAACUAGGUGCACAGAACGCAGAAGCGUAACACCAGAGCCCCAAGCAUGUGAGCCCACCAUUGCCAGUACGCCGUUGAUUAAAUUUGAAUAUACACCUAAAAUUAAUUUAAUAAAUUGCACAAAAAAUAAAGGCAAUGCUAGCACAGAGAAGAAAAAGCGUCUAUUGACGUUAUGUCAACAAUCUGAUAUUGUGAUUACAUCGUUCUCGCCUCGAGAAACCGGCGUACGGGUCGAAAAAUCUUUUACGGCCAUAUUUAAGCCUUCUGCCGCCUGCACCUUAGCAUCGACAUCUGCUACUCCAAAAAGCGUUUAUAGUACGCCGAAAAGCAUGUUAUCUGAUUUUAGCGAUGAUGGUAGCCGUGAUUUUAUUGAUUUUACCACACCAGCAACUUCGAAGAAAUCUGCUCGUCCAAUUGCUAGAAAUUCAUCCAUGCAUUUAAUCGAUUUGACUACACCUAAUAAACUAGCACCUGCUAGUCCACGACCUGCUCCGGCACUGAAAACAAAUCGUACGCUUCCCAGCCAUGUCAAAUUGUCAACAACUCCACUGUCAUCUGCUAAACUAGUAGAAGGAACUGAGAAAAAGAAAGAUAUCGGUAUGCAACUUAAGACCCCUAUAGUAGAAGUUUCCCUUGAUAAAGCUGGUGAAACCCCACAAAGCGCCGCCUCUGUUAUCAGUGUAGAUGGUUCCACUGACUCAUCAUCAGCGGUUAUAGACAUAUCUACAGAAGAUUCUAGUACACCCAACACAUCUUCAUCCACAUGUAAAGGUGUAGUCCCAAAAACUCCAAUGCGUGGAGUCGGUCAAAAGCCCCUAACAUCUACACCACUGCGUACACCGCAAUCUCUAAUGAAACGUGCCAUAUUGACCAGCGCCAAAAAGCAGGUCAACAGUUCAAUGCGUUUAGCGGUUAAUAAAGCUACACCAAUUCGGGAAACGCCUUCUACUGCUGCGAAAUUGGAAAUUGGAAACACCGCUGCCGGAUCGUCACCAUUAGCAUCCAAAAGCCCCAUUUCCAUUGGUUCGCCUGGUAGUGUAGCAGCAGCACAGCGCCGCAAUAUAAAUACUUCAACACGUCGUAGCUUCUCCACUGCAGGCAUCACCUCGACACCCACAGGUGCACUGCAAACCAGAAAAAUUCCAGCUUCUGCAUCGCGAUUAGGUGUUAUGAAAAGCACUUCCCCACUGCGUGGAGUGAGAAAAUCAUUUGGCGGCACAACACUUUCAUCGCAUAUUUCAAAAACACGUCGUUCGGUUCUGCCAACACGCAAGCAUUCCCCUACAGCCAUUGCAACAAAACUUGUAUCAAAAGCUCGUAAAUCCUUUGUUGCCACCAGUGCAAAUAAUACGCCGAUCGCUUCACGAGGUCGUAGCUUAGUAGCUGCUGCUGUGAGUGGACAAGAUAAAACAAUAAAUCCAAUAAUGGCAGACAGCGCAACACCGCUAAAUAAAAGUGCGAUUGAUAUAACAGCAAAAAAUGAAGAAGAAGAUACAGCAUCUUUAGUAAGCCCAAACAAUAGUAAUGAUUUGAGUCGUACGUUCACUGUGGAUGAUUCGCUUGAAGAGGUUCAAGUGGAAUGCGUGAAUGAAACUGUCGCAGACACAUCCUCAUCCCAAAAACAGGAGCUAAAUAAAACAUUUUCCCCAGAUAAAUCAUCACUUAUUGCCCGUGUUGCAGAGGAAGAGAGUAACAAAAGUACUGAACAUAUAUCGGAAAGUUUCGCAGAAGUAGUAGAAGCGAAUGAAAAGGGCGAAAAUGAUAAAAGUACUGCAGGAACUGUAACAUCCAAACUGGCGCUGCAACAGCAGGACGAUGGUCCGGUUGAAACGUCUGUGUCGCAUUCAGAACCAGACAAAAAAGCCCAAAAACCGCCAAAUACACAACAGAAUAAACCUGUUGAAAAUGAUGGUGAACAGGACACAAGAACGCCUGGCGAUCAAGUUAUUGAAACAUUGGAUGCUGGUGAGAUAAGUGACAAUGAUGUGAAAGAGCCGUUAGACAGUAAAGAUACAGAAAUACUACAAGUCGCAUCACUUUCCAGUGAAAUUCUUGAAAUGCACGUUGAACCUCAGGAAGAAUCAGCCACUGAUUCAAUAACAGGUAAGCAAGCGAUUGAAGUACCGAACAUACCACAAAACAACAGUACCUGGGAAAUCGAGGACAAAGAGAGGGCAAAUAUAGUAAAGAAUGAAAUUGAUGAAACAUUAAAUGCUGAUGAGAUAAACGGAACUACAGUAGUGGCACCGACAGAAAAUAACGCUGAGGAAACACCAACAACCAGUGAAGGAUUUGAUGCAGAUGAAGGGUCGAAACCAAGUGGUGAAUCUCAAGGUACCGCAGAGCUGUUGCAAGAAAUCGAAUAUGUGUUGAACAAAUCUGACGAGUUGCAACAACAGCUCGGAAGAGACCACAACACAACUGAUACGUAUGAUGAACUCACAGAUAAAACAAAAGAGACUGCGGCCGACGUAAAUAUAACCGAAAAAGACAAGGAGAAAACCUCGGAAGAAAAAGAAAUAUCAGAGUCGGAAAAUAAAGGUUCAAUGUCACCUUCCGCUCCUCUCUUGGAAGAACCAUCAACUUCAAGCAAACUUGCUUACAGUGAGACGGCGGAGGUAGAAGACACAAUUUCACUUGAAUCCAAUAUACUGCAAACUACUUCGGAGAUUGCACUGUCUGAUCUAGAAACUGGUUCAACGGACACAGAAAUAACGUCUAUAACAUCCAUGGCUACACUCAAUGAGCCCGAUGUCUCUGCCGUUGAAAGUAACUCCGAUGACAAGUCAGUACUAUCCGAAGCAGCCAUCAUGGGCAAACCCGAUAGUACAAUAGAUACUGAAGACAUAUCAAGUGUUAAGGAGAAGGUACCGGUAUCUGUCGACAUUAUCGAUUCUAAAAAACUAGAGUUGCUUGUAACAUCGAAGUCUGAAGCAGAUAUUAUAACAGAAUCCUCCGAAGCCAAUCUGCGAUAUAUUGCGGCAGUUUCAGAGGCGGACACGGUUUCAAUGAAUACAAAUGAUCUUUUAAAUGAUGAAAUUGAAAUUAAAAGCACUGCAGAACAGAAAGACAAUGAAAGCAAUCGUAAAAGUGAAGUUAAAGAAAGCCUGAUUAAUUCUCAAGCUUCGGUGACAGAGAAGGAAAUUGAAGUGAUUGCAGUAAAUUUACCAGUGGUAUCCACUCAAGUAAAUAGCGCAGGGCUGCAAAUAAAUUCUCCCUUGCCUAAAGCACAGCCAAUCGAAUUGGAAACAGCAGAGCCCGAAAAAUAUUUUUCCGAGGAAUCCAAAACCAAAGGUACAUUGAUUGGAACCGGUAUUGCUGAAAAGGUUGUCAAGGAAACUGUUAGAACCGAAAGCUCUACUUUAGGCUCAGAACAAAUUCAAAUUGAAAAUGAAAAUACUAUAGCCGAGGUGGAAGCAGCAAAUGUAACAACCUCAGAGCCUCAAACAUCGAAUCUGUCUGACAUUCUCAACACUCCAAAGCCAGUAGAAAAUUCAUCAACCAUUUUUGGCUUGCAUAAUCUUAUGGACACUCCAAAAGCCUCUACCAGUGCCGAAGCUGCAAAGGCUGCUUUAAAAGAUAACUCGGCAAGCGUGAAAACGCUGUUGAAAAUAAAAAUGGAUACGCCACAUCAAACAGCAGAAGGCAGUACAUUUACACCCAGGCGCAGCGCUAGGCGUAGAGCUUCAGCAAAUCCCGUCCUCACGCCCACACCAUCGCACUCUGUAACUCCAACACUGAAAACUGCGACCGAUACCGAUACAAAUGAUACACCCCGUCGAACCACGCGCCGUCGUGCGUCAGCUUCAGCUGAAAUAACCUACACGCCACAACGCGUUACUAGACGACGAUCUUCGCUUUCAUUAGAUAAUGAAGAAGCUGUUGCAAAGUGCCUGACGCCAGUAAAACGUGGUGGGUUGCGUCUUAAGCGGGCGACUGACUGCCCGAUCGCAGAAGAUAUGGGAGCAAUUAUAGAAGAAGAAUCUAAAGAAUCCGCUGACGUUCCGCAAGCUCAAGUCGAAUCUGACAAUAAACCGGAGUCCGAAGCUGUGGAAAGUAAAGCAGAUGCGCUUAGCAUUCCGAAGGUGAUUGAAGAAAGCAUUUGUGAAGAAGUUAGCACACAUAGGCAGCAUGUCGAGGAAAAUAUAGAAAACAUUGUUUCUAAAUAUGUAGAUAAAGAGACCAAGAAUGAAGAGAAUCAAACGAAGCAAGUCGAUGAUAUUAUUACCACCGAAAGAUCGAAGGCAAAUGUGCAAAAUGCUAAAACUCUAAUCGAAGAAAAAAUGGAAACUAAGUCAGAAAAACAAACUAAAGGUCAAAAUAAUGACGAUAGCAAUAUAGAAAUUGUUGGAGAAGUUCUGAAAGCCGAAAUUUUGCUUGGAAGUGAAGGCUUGGCCACAGAAAUUCCCAAUAAAACUGGCGAUAUUCAUGAUCAAUCCGACUAUGAGUACGGAAAAGAAGUUGGAGAGGUGGCGGCCGUAUAUGGUGAUCAACCAGAAACACCUGAACGUGAAGGUAAAACUGUUCAAAUUGCAGAUACUCAUAUUGACACACCGAAAACACCAGUAAUGGUCGGCAUGCGUGAGCUUCUAACCACACCGAAGGUUGACGAGAAAACGCCAAAAUUAAUUGGUGUUCGCGAUUUGAUGCGCACACCCAAAACAACAGUUGCCGCAACAACAAUAGAAUUAGUGGAUGAUGAGCAACGUUUUACUGGAUUAACCGAAUUAAUGAAGACUCCUAAAGCUGCUACCUUAGAUGAAAAGGUUGCUCUUGGAGAAGAAGAAGUUCCAACAACUUCCCUUAAAUCUCGUUCUGAGUUUAUUGGGAUGCGUGAGCUAUUGAAAACUCCUAAACAUACAAGUACUCCAUAUUAUAGUGGUAUACGAGAAAUGUUACGCACACCGAAGGCAUGCAGUACACCGCAUUUGGGCGGUGUGGAAGAACUAAUGCAAACACCAAAACGUACAAAAUUAAUUGAAGAAUCGGAUGAUAAAAAUGAAGAACUGGAUCAAUUCUUUAAAACACCUCGCGCCAAAAAUGUUAUGAUACCAGCCGAUCCAGCGAGCGCUGUUUUGGAGCCCAGUUCAGGCUCAUCUGAAGAUAUUAUGAAUGCUACAACGGAAUAUGAUUUGCACAGCAGUAGUCAGCGACCGCUUGAAGAUAUUUACAAAACGCCGGUGAGUCGUUUGACGAGCACUAAAGUGGAUGAAGAUAUUGAGAGAAAUGAAAGUGAGAUUGAGAUUAGAAAAGAUGAAAGUUUAGCUGGAACACUGCGUGAAGGCGAAAUCAUAGUUCCCGAAACACCUGCACCAAAUGUUGAGGAUCCAACAAAAUCAACUACAAUUUCUAAACAAAAUCUAUCCGCUGAAGAGGCGUUUGAUGAAAUGGUUGGCUUGCGCACAUCUUUGGAUGAAACGCCACCACGAAAGGUCUACGUACGAAAACAGCAAACAAUUAAUGCUGCCGAAGCUGCUCUAUCGCCUUUCUCAGCAGCUGAUGUUAUUUCCGAUUUACCCAAAACUGAUAUUCAGGAAUGGGUAGAUAAUUUAGACCAAGGGACUCAAUUAGAGGAAGAAGAACAAGAGUUUACUGUUUCAGCUUCAAUGUUGGAUGCUACCAAGGCAACGCAUGAUCCCAUUGGCGCCACGAUUAGUGAUAUAAGUAGUAUUAGUGAGAAUCAGGAUACUACAGAAAAGUUGCUCGCUGACAUGAGUGGUGUAUCAUCAAUGGCUGAUCCUCUCCUACCGAGUACAUCGAAGAGUGCCAAUCCUUUGGACACAGUCGUCAUUGAAGAGGACGAAACAUUAAGACCGGAUACACCUGUCGAGACAGAUAUUAGCGGUAUCAAUUUGCUUGACCAGACAACUGAAUCGGUGUUCUCAGAGGCAUUGGUAGUGAGUGACUCGGAGUCAGUGCAAGACACCAAUGAAAAUGUCUUAGAAGAAAAACGAAAUAAAGAGAAAGUAGAAAAGUCUAUUGAAGUGGUUACUGACGAUCCUAAUAAAACGCAAGAAGAAGAUUUUCCUGUAAUGCUUGUGGACAGUAGUGACUCAGAGCCCGAAGAAGAUUUAAAGGGAGAUAACAUAACCAUAAAUCCUGCUGAAGAAAACGCGCCACUAGAGAGCACAGGCGAGAUACAAGAUGCAGAAGUCAUAGAGAUCGAUGAUUCAAUCACUACAUCUUCUGCUGAAAGUACUUCAAAAGAUUCAACAGUGUCUAAAGCAAAUGAUAUUCAUGAGGAAUUCAUUAAUUUCCAAGCCCACAAAUCUAUCGCCGGCCAACAUGUGCGAGCCUCCACUCCAAAUCGUAGUAGUAAGGCGCGUAUAACGGAACUCACACGAGAUCGCCGUCAAAGUAUGGGAGCAGAGCAACAAAUUACUAAGGUUUCCAUUAAUUUGACAGUUGAAAAAUCUAGAUUGUUAAAAGAAAAGGCGGACCAAGGAGGGGAAGUUAUUGACACAGUAGUAGAAGUUGAUGAAGAUCCAACGGAUGAAACGUGUUCUCUAGAUAACUUAUCGAUGAAAGAUGAGAAGACAGUUGCUACUCCCGAAAAUGGUGAUAAAUCUACAUUAUUGUUAUCAGAAUUUUGCAAUUUCAGCGCACAUCAAACAAUUGCUGUUCGGGAAAUGCGGGCUUCAACUCCAGAUCAGGUGAACAAAUCUCUUACGAAAAGAAUACCACAAAGCCGUCGUCAAACCUUAGGUGCAGAGCAGCACUUAUCGGAUGUAACAAUUGAUUUUGGUGAAGAAAGACUGAAACUUGAACAAAUAAAACAGCAACCAGCGCCACUUGAAGAAAUAGAUGAAUCUUUUCAUUCUACAACUGCAGCAGCAAUGACCGACGUGGCACCAAAAGACGACGUGCUAUUAGUAGAAAAAACUACUGGCGAUGUAGACGUAACUGAUGUAGAUAUGGUAGAAAAAGACGAUAUUGCUGAGGAUGUAGUUGAGUCUACCCAACCAAUGGUGGGAGAAGAAAAUCUAUUGAAACUCGAAGAAAAUAUGACAAUGAUGUCAGAUACGGCAUCUGUCAAGAUUCCCAAUGAUCCAGAAACAGACUCUGUUGGCCAUAUAAAGGGAGAAUUAUCUUCAACAGCCCAUAUAGAUGGAAAUGAAGAUUCACAAAUAAUAGAAGAUUCAGUUGAAAGUUCUAAUAUCGUAAGAGUUGAAAAUAACUUAGAGAAUUCAGAAGCCACUGAAAGUACGGUAUUAGAAGAUGAAAGAACCACAAAAGAAGGAAAUGAAAACACACACAUUUCAUCGAAUGAGGAUGUUGGCGUCAACGCUUCCACAUCUCUUGAUAUCAUAUCUACUAACUUAGCAAAAGAUGAAGAUAAAAGCUCAUCUAAUAAAAAUGCUGUCGAGACCGAAAAAGAAAUUCCUCCCAAGCCAUUAAAGGCUGAAGAUGUACCAGUAAAGGAAGUUGAUAAUAUUCAAAUUAUUGAAGGUGUAGCUGAAAAUGUAACUGCUGUUGAAGAUACAAAAGUUGAUCAGAAAAUUGUAGAAAGUGCAAAAAGCGAAACCGCUGAGGUCACAACUGCUGAAAAAUCAACGAACGUGCACGAAGAGAACGUUUCAGACACAAGUGAAAUUAGCUUUGGGACUUCUGGCAACGGCCCUGCCGUUCAAACUGAAAUAUCAUCAACAACAAAUAUGGUACUUAAUGAUGAUGAGAAAUUAAUCGAGAAUGUAGCUGGCCAAAAGUUAGAAGCUCCAGAAGAUACAAUAGUUGAAGAUAUUGCUUUGAAAGAAUCAAAUGAAGAGGAAAUCGAAAAUCAGACUAAAACCAUUGACUCGCCUCCAGAUGAGACUGAUACUGGUAAUGAACUCAACGAAAGUGAUAUUUUUGAUUUAACCGAAGAUCUACCAGUUAUAAAUACGACCCAAGGAAUAAUAUUGGAUUUAACUGAAGAAGAUGAGGAUGAAAGCAGUGAAUACAGAAAUAACGAUGAAACGCCGCAAGAGAAAAAGGCCGCUGAAGAUGUUAAAACAGAAAUUAUUUCUAGACCUGCUACUGAGUCUCCACAUAAUACCAAUACAAUCAACAAUACAUUGGAAGGUCAAAUAACAAGUUCCGUACAGGCAGGAGCUCCAACGGCCACAACUGCUGCAGAGGAGACAACUUUAGAAAGUAAAGAUGCUUCAGUUGAUAAAGUAGAAGUGUUACCGACCGAAAGUGGAGUCGUUGAAGAAAUGGAAGGAACUAAAAUUGAUUCCAUACAAGAACCCACACUCGACGCAACUAUUAGCAUCGGAAAUGAAAGUUUCACUUUAGCCAUUUCAAAAGAACUUGUGGAAGACAGUGCUGAAAGAGAAAUCUCUAAAUUGGCAGAACGUAACGCAGAAAAAGAAGAACAUGAAGUAAACACGGUCAGCGCGGAGGUGCCUGAAAACAAAGAAGGGGCUAAUACCAACAAAUCGUUACAAUUGGAAGCAGAACAGGAAGAAGGAAAAGAAGAACUUGCUUCCAAAGCGGAUGAGCUUGAAGUAAUCAAGGAUACCACCAAUGAAGUGACCAAUAGCGAAAAAUCUCUAUAUGCUCAAGAUAUAUAUGGUGCUGAUGAGGUUAUUCAAACGCCAAUGGAAGAAAGUGAAUAUUUAGAAAGUGAAGUGCCGAUAUUGCAAUUACAAGCAGAGGAGCAGCAAGAAGAAAAAGAGAAACAAGCCGGAAACUCUUCUAAUGUGGAGCUACCUGAAGUUCUCCACCAAACUAUAAAUGAAGACAAAGAAGAGGUUGAUAGCAACAACAAAUCGGUAGCCUCAAUUUUGCAAAUAGAAGAUUCUGUAAUCGAGCUGGAUAGUGACGUAGAAGAAGUAAUGGAAGAGUCGUCUAUUCAAAGUGCGACCAAAACACAAGAAAAGGAAGUGCGGGUUGAGACCUCUGUAGAAGUUGGGGAAAAUGAAAGUACCAUAUCAAACAAAGGCAAAGAAAGGGAAGAGAAAGCCGAAUCAGAACAACAUAUAUCUAUUGACCUUACAACACCGGCUACUGAUAGCAAACGUGCGCAACUAAAUACCCCAGAUGAAGUAAAUGAUAAGGUCACAACCGCAAACGAAACUCCAAUCGAGAUACCUGAUGAGACCGUAUUUGAAGAUCGGCAAGGUGAUAAAGAAACAAUCGUAGAGAAUCUAAAAACAAAGCCGCUUGAGUUGGAAUCAAAACCAGAAGAAAAUGUUGAACCCUCUUCAUCUAAAACUCCUGUUGAGAGUGAUAGAUAUAGUUCUGCACAAGCGCUAGAACAAUCAACGUCAGUAACAAAGAAAACAUCGAAAGACAUCUCUGAAAAUACAGAAGUAAAGGCAACGGAAAAAGAAGCCGAAACACAACAAAUGCCAGAAGCUGGAAAGACUCUAUCAGCAAUUGAAGACCAACAUGAACAACCAGGAAAACGCAAGGCACGAAAAGCAUCUGAAACAAAGAAAACAACCGAUUCGACCGACCAUGAAUUGGUUUCUAAAAACAUUCUGGAAACUGAAGUUUUAGUUGAGGAUGCUGCAGAUGAGAGAUAUAAAACCAAAUGUGGAACAGAAACACAGCAAGAAAUCACCGAAUCAGUCGAAUUACGUAAUUUAAAAGAACGAGAAAGUCAAGGCACAACGUCCGGCGGAAUCGAACUGCCAGCAAAACGAAGAGGACGCAAACCAUCAAAGCAAAUGACAGAAGAAAAGAAAGAAUCUACAUGUGUAUCAUCAGUGCCUGUUGAAGCAGCAACAGUGGAAGAAAAACCCUGUACCAACCAGAUGGGAGAGAGCCAAACAGAAUCGGUAACUGGGGAAAAUCUUUCCAAAGUGCUUCAGGAAGAAUCGGAGCAAGCUGAAAACACAGAUGAUACAGAUAACACACAGAAACCAACUUCAUCUGAUAAAAUGCACGAACCAGCUAAGCGUAAAGUGCGCAAGCCAUCUCGGUCGAAGAAAACGGAAGAAAAUGUAGAAUCUACUGUCAAGAUACCCAUUGAAAAUUUACCUUCAGUUGAGGACAACAAUGAAUCAAUUUCAACAAAACCCGAUGUGGUUGUGUCAACUUCAACGCGUAAAGCAGAAACAGAAUUUUACGCAAAGGCUAGCUAUGAAGUUCGUUUAUCGGAGGUUAUUGAAGAGGCUUCUAAUAUCAAAAAUAUUGCACCAGCAAUCCCGGAGCAACCUGAGACCAGUAUGAAUAUUGAAAGUAUAAACAAAGAAAAAUCUGAAUUGGCAGAAGAAGAAUCAGCCCAAGAAAUAACUUCAACCACCGGACAUAUCGAAGAAGCUGAAUCUGUAAGCACUGUUAGUAAAGGCGAAGAAGAAUUACACGCCCAAAGACAGACUCGACGUGCUCGUAAAGGUUCCCAAUCAAGUCAAUGUUCAACCCACGAAGAGGAUCAUCUGCCGACAACAACUUCAACCAGACGACGUGGUGGGCGUCGACGUGCUGAAACACCCGUUGAACACAGUGCAGAUGAGUGCACGGCGAGUGAUGUGUCGAAAGUUAAACGCCGACGCGGACAGGUCCAAACUACGGAAGAGUCACGAUUAAAAGACAUAAAAGAAGUACAGACUGCUGAGAGUGAACUUGCAGCGGGUGAACAACAAACCAAAACGGUUGAAUCAAAAGAAAUAAUUGUUGUUAAUGAAAUCAUUGAAGACACACAAGUAUCAACAGGACUUCAUAAAAAUAUCACUAGCGGAAAAGAUAUUGAUUCCAACAAGCCAACGAUGGAAGAAGGAAAACACGAAGAAAAGGAAGAAGCACUAGAAAAUACUCCAACAGAAAGGCUCACAAGUAAGCGACGUCGAGUGGGUAAGGUGGUUGGGGAAUUAGGUGAUGGUGGAGAAAAAUCGUCUUCGAAAAAUUCUGAUGACCCGCUUAGUGAUAUAGAAGAAGUUCAAAAUUUGGCUGCCAUUGAGAUAACAACAAACGUUUCGAGGGGAGGUAAACGCAAGAAAACCCAUUCUGAGUCGAGCCAAACUUCCAACUUAGGUGAAAAUACAGAGCCUCACACUACGCAGAGGCGUCGCCGCGGACGACCACAAACCCUUGACGAGCCCAUUCCUAGCACUACACAUGAAACAGAAGGAAUGUCUAAAGCUAACAUUGAGCUAAUAAAGGAGUCUCAAGGAAAUAAAGACGUCAAAUCCACAUUUGAAUCUGGCUUACCACCUGUCAAUGAAGCACCAGAAUAUGAGUCCUCAAAUGCAACAAAAAAAUGUGUUGAGGAUGAUGCAGUGAAAAAAGAAGUACACACUACAGUGUUAGAGACAUCAAAACAUAUGCGUACGAAACGAGCGCAUAAGCCUUCCGAAAUACCGAAAGAUCACACUGUAUUAACAGAAGAAAUAAAUGAUCUGAAGUCGGAACCGAAUAAUGAGGAAAUAAUCGUGAAGCAUGAGGUGGCAUUAAGUAAUAAGUCUACAGCUGGUCGUGCAAGAGUCAAUAGACGUAGGAAGUCAGAAGAUGGAGUAGAUAAAGAGGCAGUGCACAAAGCAGAAGAAACUAAUACGGAUGAAACUCCGAAAAGUGAACCCGAGACUAAGUCCGCAAUUGAUGAACAUGAUGCAGAGUCGCCAAACGCAGUUGAAGAUUCGGUGGGUGGUCGGCGAGGACGUCGGGGAGCUGCUGCUGCAGCAACGGUAGCAAUUAAUGAGGUAUCAUCAGCUCACAAACGAGGUGCGUUACGUGGCAAGAGCCAUCAGAACAAAUCUCAUCUUGCUCAUCAAGCCGAACUCGUCAAGAAAUCAGUUGAUGUAGAGCAACAAGAUGUUUCAGAAGAUUGCAAGGAAAAGGCGGAUGUAGGAGAAAAAAAGCCGCAGAAUGUAUUACGCAAACGCCGUGGUUCCGUGACAGAAACGCUACAACAACAUACAGAAGGAGAAUCUGAAAUAACAGAAGAAACAGAAUCAUCAACGAAGAUUAUUGCCAAGCGCAGACGCAAGCGUCGCGAGUCACAUCAUACGGAUGAGCCACCGUCUCCUAAAAAGCAUGAAGCUAAUGAAGAUGCACCCACCAGCUCUGCGACAACAGAAUCCCCUGCGGCGGCGUCAACAAAACAACGAAACAGGCGGAAACGCAAAGAUUCGCAUCAAAACACGGAUGAUGCAGUGGACAGUAGAGUGGAAGAUGAACCGCCAAAGAAACGACCACAAAGUCGUAAACGACGCGAUUCAUCACUUGAUAGUAGUACACACGAUGGCGCUAGUGUUGACGUGGAUACCAAUAUUGGCGGUAAUACCUCGUCGUCUUCAACGACACCGCAACGUUCUCGUACAGUACCACGACGUGCUGCCGCGGCACAGGACCGAAAUUACGACGAGAGCUCGGAUGCAGAAGCACAGGUGGACCUUAAGCGACGUAUAGAGAAGGCAUCUUUACCAAAAACAAGUGCUACCAGCUUAACUGCACCUCCAAAAUCAUCAAAACACAAGAGUCCAUCAGCUUCGAAAACUCCGACUGUGGAGCUUCCACUAACGCCAGUAAUUGAAAUUGCAACUAAAAUAACUGGCACACCAGUUUUAGCAGCGGUCAUGACCACAAGUCGUGGUGGUCGUCAACGCAAACCCACCGCCCGCGUGCAGCAGUACCUUGAGGAGGAACGUGCGAAAGCCGAGACGCCGAAGAAACGAUUGCUGCUCGGCUCAACCAUAGGUGCCGAAACUCCCGCACGUGUUACACCAGCCAGACGUACACGAAAGGCUUCCAAUGCCGAAACAGAGGCAGUUGAAACAGUAAAAACGCCAGCUCGGGGUCGUGGACGCAACGCGAAAACUGUACAGGUUAUAGAUAUUUCGGAUGAGUCUCGUGCACAUUCCGAACUGGAAACCACGCAAAGUGCUAGCCAUGGGGAAGAAGCAGAUCCAAUUGUAAAACCGACAUCACGACGCGGCAAGCAUGUUACAGCUACACCUUUGCCAUUGGAAAGUGAAUUGGCCGAUUCGUCAGCAACAACAGCGGCUGCAUCGAAACAAGUGACACAUACUGGGCGCGUGGGUCGCGCCGCUAAGGCAGCGGCAGCAGCAGCAUUAAUAACAGACGAACCAAGUAGUUCACAUGUGAAAGCGCGUGGGGGGCGCGCACGCCGAGGUGCACAUGCCGCUGUCGAGGAAGACCAACAUCCUGAUGACGACACAAAAGAUACCACACCAGAAGUAGAAACGCCGUCAGUGGAACUUGAAAAGCAAACCAAGAAAGCAAAAACGGCUGCAGCUACCGGACGUGUGGGACGUGGAGGACGUCGUAAGCAGCAGCAACAGCAGCAAAACAUUGAGGAGCAAGCUUUAUUGGUAAAUGACGAAACGAGUGGCAGUGCACUGCAAUCCCAACAUCAUCCAGUAGUUGUGGAUGCCGAUGAUGAGCACGAAGAGGAUGAGGAUACACAAACACAUACGGAAGAGGAGGAAGCUAAAUCUCAUGCGAAUACAAAAGGUAAAAAGCGUAAUGCGCCCACGCGAAAAAGGGUCGCCACAGAGCACACCACUACAGAUACAUCCCCACCUAAACGUGGACGGCGUCGUGCAGUUGCUGCCACAUCUGCCACAGCUGAGGAAGACGAGGGUACGGAGGCCGUUGGAAGCGGUCGAAACCGUAAGAUUGUUCGAUUUGACGCUGCUACACCCUCAAGCGUAGCCAGCAGUGCAAUGUCAGUGGAUACACCGGCUGAGGAGGAAGACGCGGCAUCAUCAGCGCCGAAAAAACGUGCUACGCGUUCGCGUCGAAAGUGAGACGACGAAAUAGGAAAGAUCUGAAGAAUAUAGAAGUAGUAAUGAAAGAAAAAAGCUUGUUUAAGCAUUUACAGGUACAAGCCCCAUGAUCCAUUUAAGACCUUAUAAUUAUUUCUUUUAUCAAAUAAUGCAUUUGCUUUGCAUACAAUUGAUGCAAGACACAAAGUUUGCAUCACAUGAGCAUAGUUCUUAUUUUUGAAAUGCGCUAAUAUAUAUAUAUGUAUUUUGUAGAUUUAUUAUUUGUUUUACUUACUU